AUGAAGUUCUCAAUCCUAUGGCUCGGUUUAUCUCUGUUGGCAACCAAAGUGCUUGCGUCUUUGAGGGCAUCACCGUUUGAGGGUGUUUUCUUGUACUAUGUCUACCGUAUCGAUACAAUUUCCAGGGGAGGUGUGCACGCCAUCGGGAGAGACUGCCCCGGUACUGGCCCAGGUGGCAUUUGCUAUUUUGACGAGUUUCUCAAACACAUCCAAAGCAGGGGAGAACCUUGGCUUGGAAGGACAGAAGUUGGCCAUGAUUUGGAUCCAGACGUCAGAUACGCGGUCGUUCAGUUGGACAGUAAUGGGUUCAACCUCAAUUAUGACGCAACCAAGAUCUACCCGGAGAAAUGGGGUGCAAUGGCGACUCCCCCCUAUAUGACUAUCAUGCAAACACUCGUCGACAGUGUUUAUGACAACGUUCAAAGAGACGCCGCAACAAAUGCCCUUAGGACUCAGGCUGAAAAGGUGUUGAAGGCAUUUACGCUAGUUUUUGAGGCACGGACCGCCGACAUGACUUAUUAUCUGAGAAGGGGUGUGGACGACAGGCUCCGGAGGUUGAAUCCAGACUGGAAAUGCGAAAUAUUCACCAAAACGCUCCCAGGUGGAUACCUUAUAUCAAUGGUCGAUGCCCGUGCUACGAUCGCCGCCAACCCUGGCAUGGAGGGAAAGCUCCCAGCUGAAAUCCAAGCUUACAUUGAAAACUACGCAAACGUGGAAAACCAAGUGGACAAGGGAAGAAGCCAUUACAGAAUUCUUCAAUCACUUCAGCUCAAUCAACAGCUUCUUGAAUUCUCCUGUACAUAG